CCACAAGUUGGAAGCUUCAGGAGGCUAUUAAGCUUUUUUAUAUAGGCAGUGAAGGCGGCACUGUAGUGGGAGGAUCGUCUUCUCAAUUUCCGCCUACAGAAAAUAUUGAAGCUUUGGCCGAACAGACUGCUCGAUUGAGAGAACGAGAACGAGAUUGAGAGAUAAACAAGGCUAUGGAGCCAGAAUCUAGGAUUUCCACUGCUCACCGCUCGACUUCUACUACUAUAGGCCAGCAAUUUUCAUGGUCGAGGAUGUCGAGGAAUUUGUUACAAGCUUAUCAGAGCUUUGGUGUAGUUUACGGGUACUUGGGUACUUCACCUCUUUAUGUUUACUCAAGCACAUUUUCUGGGAAGUUACAGAAACAUAUUAGCCAAGAUGCAAUCUUCGGUGCUUUUUCAUUGAUCUUUUGGACUCUUACUCUUAUCCCUUUGCUUAAGUAUGUCUUUGUCUUACUCAGUGCUGAUGAUAAUGGUGAAGGUGGGACCUUUGCUCUUUACUUACUGCUUUGCCGCCAUGCUAAGUUUAGUUUGCUUCCCAACCAGCAAGCAGCUGAUGAAGAGCUCACUGCCUAUAAAUAUGGUCCAUCUUCUCAGCAUGCUAGUUCCUCUCCCUUGAAGAGAUUUUUGGAGAAGCAUAAAAGGUUAAGGACUGCCCUUUUAGUUGUUGUACUGUUUGGAGCUUGCAUGGUCAUUGGUGAUGGUGUCCUUACUCCUACUAUCUCAGGUCAAUUUUCUAUUUGCUUAUUUUGCUUCAUAUGUAACUACUGGUACUAUUAUUUCCUUGUCUCUAUUUAA